AUGCGAUAUCGAGAUCCUGGUUGGGAUCUGGAUUGGGAUCUCAAAUUCAAGAAGGGUCACUGCUUGAACAACCUGGAAUCCCCGGAAUUUAAACUCGACAAGACAACAUUUCUCAGUCCACAAGCGACUGUUCCUAAGGCCGUCAAGCGCGUCCACGAGAUCUUUGAGAAUCCCACCUUCAUGAAAGAGGUUAGUGGUGGUGACGUCAAGCAAGGGAGUCUAGGAGACUGCUGGAUCAUGGCUAGCCUAACGGCUUUGUCCAAGGUUCCAGGAGGUCUACAGCGGAUCUGCGUUGCCCAUAAAACAAAGAUCGGCAUCUACGGUUUUGUCUUUUAUCGUGAUGGUGAAUGGAUCUACUCCAUCAUCGACGAUAAGCUCUAUCUCAAGUCUCCAGGGUGGGAUAUCAUAUCUUUGCACAGAGAUCCUCCAGCAGAUCGAUUAGAUCAGAACGAGACUUGGGUUCCUCUAUUUGAGAAGGCCUUCGCCAAGGCUCAUGGUGAUUAUGCGUCAUCGGCGGGUGGUUGGAUCGGUGAGGGUAUCGAAGAUAUCUCUGGUGGAGUUACCACUGAGCUCUUGGCCUCUGAUAUUCUCGAUAUCGAUGGGUUUUGGGACAAGGAGAUGUCGCGAGUCAACGAUGAGUUCCUCUUUGGCGCUUCCACUGGUCUACUUGAGCACAGCUACGGUGAGCGCAAUGAUAUCUCUGAAGAACAUGCCUAUGUCGCCAUGGAGGCACGUACUCUAAAGUCUGGCCAGCGCUUGGUCAAGCUUCGUAAUCCUUGGGGUAAGGUCCGCAAGGGUAUUUGGGAGGGAGCCUGGAGUGAUGGAUCCAAGGAGUGGACUACCGAGGUGCAGCAGGAAUUGAAUCACAAGUUCGGUAGUGACUCUGUUUUCUGGAUUCCUUACGAGGAGCUCAUUUGA